UCCUUUGCCUUAUUGUUUUUAUUGUUUUCGCAGACCGUGCAAGAAAGAAGUCUUAAAUGACGUUUGUGAGGAAGGCGUAGAUCACGAAGAAAUCAAACGCGAUUAGGUGCAGGUUUCUCCUUUCGAGUCUUUAUAUAGAGGUAGAAGUUGGUGUAUGGAGAACCAGUUUGAAUCGACCCCACGCUGUGGAUGAACAAGAGGGCCCUUGGGUAACUUCGGAGGUACACGGGACCAACUAAGUCGCGUUUCAACAAACGAAGCCCCUCACCGGCUCGCCUAACCGCAGAGCCACCAUGGGAGGCGAAGGACUGGUGGGAAUGGAGGCCGCGGCGGCGGCGAUUGGCGUGUCCGUGCCCGUCCUGAGAUUCCUCAUCUGUUUUGUGACGACCAUCCCGGUGAGUUGGGCGUGGCGCGCUGUCCCCGGAUCCUUCCUCAAGCACCUCUACUCCGCCCUGACAGGAGCUGCCCUUUCCUACCUCUCGUUUGGAUUUUCAUCCAACCUCCACUUCCUCGUUCCCAUGUCCCUUGGCUACAUCUUCAUGGUCCUCUGCCGCAGAUACUGCGGCAUCUUAACUUUCUUCGCUGCCUUUGGCUACCUCAUCGGCUGCCAUGUAUAUUAUAUGAGUGGCGAUGCAUGGAAGGAAGGAGGCAUUGAUGCUACUGGUGCUCUAAUGGUCUUGACACUUAAAGUAAUAUCAUGUUCAAUAAACUAUAAUGAUGGAUUACUAAAAGAAGAAGGUCUUCGAGAGGCCCAGAAGAAAUACAGGUUGCUUAAGUGCCCUUCCCUGCUUGAGUAUGUUGGUUACUGUCUUUGCUGUGGCAGUCACUUUGCAGGGCCAGUUUAUGAAAUGAAAGAUUACCUUGAAUGGACAGAAAGAAAAGGAUUAUGGAACUGUGAUAGUAAGCAAGGGCCUCCUUCACCGUAUGGAGCUACACUAAGAGCUCUUCUUCAAGCUGCUUUAUGCAUGGGUAUCUACUUGUAUCUGGUACCCUACUUUCCGUUGUCCCGGUUUUCUGAACCUAUAUACCAGCAAUGGGGAUUCUGGAAACGUCUUGGCUAUCAAUAUAUGUCUGGGUUCACUGCUCGUUGGAAAUAUUAUUUCAUAUGGUCUAUUUCAGAAGCAGCCAUUAUAAUAUGUGGUCUUGGAUUUAGUGGUUGGACAGAUACUGUCCCUCCCAAACCAAAGUGGGAUCGUGCAAAAAAUGUGGAUAUUAUAGGAGUGGAGUUGGCCAAUAGCGCGGUAGGAUUACCUCUUGUGUGGAACAUUCAAGUCAGCACUUGGCUUCGUUACUACGUUUAUGAAAGGCUUAUCCAGAAAGGAAAGAAACCAGGAUUCUUGCAGUUGUUGGUGACACAGACAGUUAGUGCUGUUUGGCACGGAUUAUAUGCUGGAUAUAUUAUUUUUUUCGUGCAAUCUGCCCUUAUGAUUGCUGGUUCAAGAGCUAUCUACAGAUGGCAGCAAGCUAUUCCACUGAGUAUGGACAUGUUGAGGAAAGUGAUGGGCUUUAUCAACUUUGCCUACACAGUGCUGGUUCUGAACUACUCCUGCAUAGGUUUCAUGGUGUUGAGCAUGCAUGAGACCCUUGCUUCAUAUGGAAGUGUAUACUAUGUUGGCACCAUCGUACCAGUAGUUGUGAUCCUCCUCAGCUACAUAAUCAAGCCAUCGAAGCCGAGAAGGUCACAGGCUCAUAAGGACAAGUGAACCAAUUUGUGAAAUGUAGGAUGGCUUUUUGAUGACUCCAGUAAUGCUGCUUGUUCAUUUUCCCAGAAGGAGGUGCAGCAGUCUUGUCUGCUGCAAUAAUGUGAUCCGAAUUUAGUAGUUCAUUCGUCUGGAUAGGUUCCAUAUUGCUGUCACCAUCUUGACACAGCUAGGUAGGAUCGAUCAUGUUUGUUUUCUUGAUUUUUGUUAUCUACUGUCCUCUUAUGCUACAUUACUUUCCAAACUGUUGUGAUUGUUGGACCGGUGUUGCAAUUCUAGCCACUAAGAAGUUUUAGCACAAGCAAGUUUUGUACCUUGUUGCGUCUCAACUCCAUUUGCAGCUUGUUGUUUCUAUACCAAAUGAUUCUUCUUAUUAAUUUAGUGAGAUAAGUUUCUUUUUCC